AUGGACUCUGCCCCAAAGCUAGCAAAAGUUGAGAAGAUUCUCGGUCGUACAGGAUCUCGUGGUGGCGUAAUUCAAGUUAGAGUGCAAUUUAUGUCUGGAGAGACUGAGCUUGCAGGCCGUUCUUUGAUCCGUAAUGUUAGAGGCCCAGUCAGAGAAGGAGAUAUUUUGGCUCUAUUGGAAACUGAAAGAGAAGCACGUCGCCUUCGUUAA